AUGUCAGAUCCAACCAACCCUUCGCAUCCGGAAGGAGAGAUACAUCCUAUACCACUCAACCCAUCCAACGCCGAACCUUCACAUCCCCUAGACCCAGCUUUACCGCCCAUAUCUACCCAGGUGACACAGCAGGAUGAGGUAGUUGAGAAUGUUCAGAGUAUACCGACCACGCCUAAAGUUCACAUCAAAGUCCUGAUCAUCUCCGGACAGAGUAAAGUACUAUCGUUUGAACCUGAAUUGACAGUUGGGAGAAUUAAAGAGUUGAUUUGGAGUUCAUGGCCUUCUGAAUGGACAGACCCUGCUCAACCCCCUUCACCAAGUUAUCUUAGAAUAUUACAUGCAGGUAGGAUAUUACAGGAUGAUUCAACUUUAGCAUCAAACAACCUACCAGUCUCUGAAACAUCCUCAUUACCUACCGUUAUACAUAUUUCAGUGCGAUCAUUCUCGAUCAGAGCAGAUGACGAUCCCAAGAAAUCCCACGGACUAGGUCGAACGACCAGCGCAGCAAGAUCCCAUCGAGGUGAAGAUGAUGUUGGAGGAUGUAAAUGCAAUAUCAUGUGA